AUCUGUACGAUCAGUACCAUGUGGGGAGAACGUUGGUACCUAGUCCUUCUCGUACUAUCCCCUCUGAUGCUGUGGCGUUACGCAGCAUCAUCAUCCUUCACCAUGGAACGCCAAGAACGAGCCGCGCUUGUGUUUCCCCGGGGCAGUUCAAUGGGUUACCUUUUAGCCAUCGCCAUCCCACUGCUCGUGCCGGGUCGGAACAUCUAUCUCUCGCACAACUUCGAAGCGAACUACGGUGUUCCAUCGAACGAGACGCAGUACUUUCUCUGGUAUCAGCGCUUUAAGGAUAGCGGUUUUAACAUCACCAAAGCGAUCGCAACGAAUCGACGGCGACGCAGCAGUGCGACUCAGCAGCCUGGGCUGAGCCGACGCUACUUCUACGAUCAGCUCGAGGAGCGCAUGGAGCUGUACGGGUUCAAUGCGACCGGUUGCAUGGAGCGGCUCAUUUGCGAGAUGUCGGAACUGCCACUCCACGAGCAUAAUGGUGUGUUUGGUGAUGUGCUGAGUGUGAUCUUCAGGCCAUCGUCUUCCGUUCGCGAACCACUGGCCAUGUCGUACUACGAGGCCGAAUCGCGAGGAACCAUUGAGGGAUGCCACCGAUAUCGGGCAUUUUGCCGUACAGAUCUGCUCGGACUGGUAUCAACUGUGCUGUAGUGCGGGCCACCGUCACGUUCCCAUUUCUUUGCUCUCUGUCUGUGGCUAAGCGCGCUUUGAACUCUCCAAAACGGGAAGACAAUAAAAUCGGUUAAUUUAA